GUAUUGCUUAAAUCAGUUCUCUGUUCCAGUCGAUCAUCAGGGGAUGUCAGUUAGCUGUUAAAAAGUGUUGAAUUUUGUUGAACUUUUACUUUGAGACGUUUAAAUUAAUUGGUUAUAAAUCCAGCUUUUAGACUACUCCAUCUAUCAAUUACGAAGCUUAAGUCUUAAAUUCUUUGACAGAACAUUCGGAAGUGCUAAAAUCCGUUGAUAGACAUGCCGCUGGAAUUGAUUGUUAUAUCGCUGAUGCGCACCAGCAAGUGGAUAAAUGUGCUAAUGCUGAAUACUCCGGAAGAGGACUUUGGCCAGCUGCAGAGCAGACGCAUCGAUGUGAGCUCCGAUGGCAUACGCUGGAUCGAGCGCGACUUUGAGCAAUUCACGCCCCUGGGCAAGUUUUUCGAGAUCAACACCAAUCCCGAAGCAGGCAUCACAGUGGACAAGGAGACGAGCAAUGCCACGGCUCUGAAGCUGAGGCUCGUUCGCAUCAACGAUGCGGCCCUCGAGCAGGAAACCGUCAAUGUUGGCAUAGAGAAGCUGCAACUGCUCCUGAACGAGUCGAUGGCCUGUGCCCUGCACUGCACCAACUGCUAUAAUGAGCUGGUGGCCGAGCGUUGCUUCAGCUCCAUUCGUCCCGUGCCCGUUCCCACCAUGGAGCCGCUGAAGUACUUUAGCUCUAAAAAGCGGAUGACCACAGCAAUGGAUGAGGGCGAGCUGUACUAUGCCAUCAACUACAUUGUGAUAAGUCCUCAGAGCCUGGGCAAGGGCGUCCUCCAGUGCGGAGGGAAUAUUCACUGUGCCCGCUGCCUGCAACUGGUGGGCGAGUCGUUGGGCGAGUCGUUGGGCGAGAAAUUGGCCGCGCAGCUGUACGUGGACACACUCUGGAUGGCACCGGGUGCCCAGACUGGCCUGCCAGAGGGGCGUCUGGAGAAGCUCUUUGGCCAGGUGACGGUUUCGCAGCUCAUGCUGCACCUGCUGCAGAGUGCCGUUCCCAUCAGCGAUGAGAAGACCAGGGUGUUUCUGAAGACAGUGCGUCCGGAUGGCCAGCUGCAUUACAUGCUGCUUCUCGUGGACACCAACCCACUGCAUAUGCUGCGCUCCAAGCUAUCGCUGAUCGAGGACCUCAAUAUCAGCAGCAGCCCGAAGGACAGCGACUACGAUGCCGACGCAUCGCUGACCUCGAACAGCGACAGCAGCAUCGAGAGCAUCGUCGAAAACAGCAGCGACAGUGACAGCGACAGCGACAGCGACUUCACAACCGACGACAGUGGGCCGAGGGCUAAGCGCCGCCGUUGUGGUCGCCGCUACGAAUCGAAGCCAGUGCAUGAGGUUAAGGUGCGCGGCUAUCGGGGCUGCCGCCUGAUCUAUUACAUGUUUAGCACCGAUGAGGAGCUGACCGCCAACACGAAGCUCAUCGAGCAGUGGCGCAAGGAGGGCACGCCCAUGUUGCGCAUCUCCUAUAUGAUGAUGAUGGAUCUGCUGCGGGAACUGACCGUGAACGAGCUGCUGGUGGCCACGAUGGAGCGCCUCAUACCCAAUGAGAAGGAGGGACGCGUUAGCUACAUCAUCUUUGAGCCCGACGAGGAUAAUUAGACGAAGUCUAGGCACACUUGAAGCGCAUUUGCUUAAAUCGCAUUCCACUCUACUGAUGAUAUAUCUCAUUAAAUUAUCAACAUGCUAGAAAUGCAUUUAUACAUCUACAUACUUUUUUUUUUUGGAUCCGUUGUGGAGAAAAGUUUAAUGUAUUUUCUCUAUAAUAGAGGCAUUUCGCAGGAUUCUUAAAGAAUUUGCCUUUUCAUCACAUUCACAAUCAAUUUUUGAUUAACUCACACGGAAAUUGAUAUAAACUCAUACAUAUACAUACAUACAUAUCAAAUGUAACACAAAUAUUUCAUUAUUUUUUAUUUACUGAAAACAUUAAUAACAUGUAUUAGAUGCCUUAGAUCCAGCGAAACAACUAAAAUAAAACCGGUAUUCAGAUAACAAUAAUAUUUAAAAAAAACAUAUUUACGAUACAAAUAAUAAUACCUCAAAUGUAAUACAAAUACAUCUUAAUAUAAAUAUUGUAACGUAAAUGUAAUUGAUAAUUCACAAUA